AUGCCUCCCCAGGACGACAAGCGACAGGCUGCGAGAGAAGUCAUCGACAUCCUCCAUGAGAUAUCAACUCUGCUUAACACUCAUCUCGACAGGACGGAGCUGUCACUCUGCGUGUCUCUCAUUGAAAAUGGCGUUAACCCUGAGGCUUUGGCUCUGACUAGAGUCCAGAAUGUGAUCAAGGAGCUGAGGAGAGUCGGCGUGGAUGGUGACUUGGCCGACAAGCCAUAG